UCGAAUUUCCACAUGCAGAGCUUCUAACUAUUUGGUGUAGAAAUAAUAAGAAAAAAGACGCGAUAACAGAGUAUAUCUUUACUAGAAUUGGGAAAUCUCUUUUAAGUAUUGAUAAAGAAAGAGAAAUACGCAAAAAAGUAGCAAACUUUGUCGCUUUUACUACACUAAAUUUACGGAAAUGCAACCGACAAUUGGAUCGACUGAAGGUAACGCAUUCACAGUGGUUAUCUGGAAAUAUAGUCAUAAUUGUUGACAAUAAUAACACAAAAAAGCCCAAUAAUGUAGGAUGACCCCAUUUAACUUAAAAUGACGCUGGACCCCUAUUGAAACGGAAAUUGGCUAGCGAUCUUUCGAAUGAGCACGAUACUUCGCUACUUGUACAUGCUGCUACGUUAUCAGCAAAAAAAUCUAAUAGAGACGUAGCCUUUGUUUUAAAAGAAUGUGUGAGGUCACCGAAUGCGCCCAAAAGGUUAAAACAAAAGCUUUGUUCAAAGAAUCCAAUACCAAUAACUCCAGAUGAAGCCCUUGCAUUCUUGCUCGAUAAUUCAUAUACUAAAAAACAAUAUAACAACAUGAGAGCUUUAAAUAAACAACAACACUGCAAUAUAUACCCAAGUUAUGACAGACUUGUGGAAGCUAAAUUGAAAUGCAGACCCCUUGGAAUAAGCAUCGAUGAAACUGUCGCUCAAGUUUCAUUGCAGAAUUUAUUGGACCACACCGCCAAACGCCUAAUUUUAGUACAAGAACAAGUCUUCAUUAGUUUUCCUGAAAUCGCUGAACUUAGGCUUAUUGUGAGCUAUGGAUUUGACGGGUCGACUGGCCAAAGCACUUAUAAACAAAAAUUUUAAAAUGAUCCGUAUGCUCUUGAUCAAUCUUUGUUCGUUACCACAAUUAUACCUUUAAAACUGAGUGAAAUUUCAGGAAGAGUGAUUUGGAAUAAUUCCACUCCACAGUCUGUGCGGUUUUGCAGACCACUAAAAAUACAAUUUAUAAAGGAAACAAGGGAGCACAUUUUAAUGGAAAAAGAAGACUUGGAUCUACAAAUAGGAAAUUUAAAACCAUUUAUUUAUACAGACUUCGGCAACCGAAAUAUCACGGUGUUCUUUGAUCUCCAUAUGACUCUAACAGACGGAAAAGUGUUAAAUAUCUUGUCAGGUAUUAAAUCUUGUCAAUUAUGUCCCAUCUGUGGAGCAGGACCUAAAGCUUUCAUGCAAACAAAAGACGUAAACUCUGCACAUUUUAAGGCAAGGCCUGAUAAACUGAAGUAUGGCAUUAGUCCCCUUCAUGCUUGGAUAAGAACCUUGGAGUUUGUUCUUAAUGUGUCAUAUAGGAUUGAAGUAAAAAAAUGGCAAAUAAGAGAUGAAAAUGAGAAGAAAAUUAUUGAGGCCCGUAAAAAACUUCUUCAAAAACGGUUAUGGACGGAAAUGGGACUUCAUGUGAAUAGACCAAAGCAGAGCGGUAGCGGAAACAUGAAUGAUGGCAAUACUGCCAGAAGAGCUUUCUCAGAUGUUACGCUAUUUUCUUCAAUAUUAGGGUUUGACACCGACUUACUGCACAGUUUUCACAUGAUUUUGAUCGCCAUUUCUUGUGAAUACGAGAUUAGCGCCCUAAAGUCUAGGCAGUACUCGGAAAAGACAUAUUCGUUGUAUAUGGAAAUGUACCCGUGGUAUCCGAUGUCACCGACUCUACAUAAAAUUUUAAUACACGGUGCACAAAUCAUCGCAGCCUCUGUAGUGCCCCUAGGCUGUCUUGGUGAAAGUGCUUCAGAAUCCCGCAAUAAAUAUUAUAAGAGCGACAGGCGAUCUCAUGCUAGACAAAAUAGUAGAACUAAUAAUAUGGCCGACGUCUUCCAAAGAGCAAUUGAUUCCUCUGAUCCAUUCCUUUCAAGCUUAUUUUUAAAUAAGAGACAACAACAAAAUCAAAAGAAAAAAAUACCUAAAGAAGUUAUUGAACUUUUGAAAGCUCCAAACGUUGAACCGCAUUCCGACCAUUUAAAUACAUCAGAUUGCUCAACGGACACCGACUCUGAUGCUGAUUCUUUAUGUGACAUUGUGCAGCCAUUUGAUGUUCAGUUGGAGGUAGAAGAAUGUUAAAUAUUAACAAAAAAUACGUAGAUAUAUGUACAUAUGUAUGUAUAUAAAAUUCGUAUGAAUAAAAUUGUUUGUGGUUCUUAUGAAUAAAAACUUCGAAAGUAUUUGCUUAUUAUAGCCGAUUUGAAGUAAAGUUUUAACAGGUGGCAACCCUACCAAGAAAUAUAAUAUGUAAAUGCACAUCUAGAG